UCUAGGAACCGCACAUACCACAUGCAAUUUCGUUUAUCUUUCGUUUUUUUUACCUCAAUCUAUAUAUAUUUUUUUUACAAAAUCAUAAAAUUAAUUAUAUAUAACAUCUCAAUAUUUCAAUAUGUAGAGAACCUAGUUGAACAUGCUAUGGGCAACCUCAUAGGUAAAAGUAAAAAGCGUGACUCUCAAAAUUCUAGAAGUGAAAGAAUCUCAUCCAAUUUUUCAAAUAAUAAACCUAUGCCACUACCAUUGCAACCUAAAGCUAUUAUGUCUCAGAAAUCAUGUUUUGGGACAUAUAAUUCUGGACAGAGCUCAAACACAAAGAAAACUCCCAAGAAGUAUGCUUUGAUUCCAGAUAACUUCACUACCCUUGAACAGGUUACUACGGCCCUUAGGAAAGAAGGUUUGGAGUCAUCAAAUCUCAUCCUUGGAGUUGAUUUCACAAAGAGUAAUGAAUGGACUGGAAAAAUCUCAUUCAACAAGAGAAGCCUACAUGCAAUUGGAGAUUCACCUAAUCCCUAUGAAAAGGCAAUUUCAAUUGUUGGCAAGACAUUGGCUCCAUUUGAUGAUGACAACUUAAUUCCAUGCUUUGGCUUUGGUGAUGUUACCACACAUGAUCAAGAAGUAUUUAGCUUUCAUAAUGAUCAUUCACCUUGCAAUGGCUUUGAAGAAGUUUUGGAUUGCUACAAAAAAAUAGUUCCUCAUUUGAAACUCUCAGGACCAACUUCUUAUGCUCCAGUGAUUGAGGCUGCAAUAAACAUAGUUGAAAAAAGUCAUGGCCAAUUCCAUGUGUUGGUUAUCAUUGCAGAUGGUCAGGUUACAAGAAGUGUAGACACUGACGAUGAAGAACUCAGUCCUCAAGAAGAGAAAACAAUCAAAGCAAUUGCUGAUGCAAGUGCAUAUCCACUUGCCAUAAUUCUGGUUGGAGUUGGUGAUGGACCUUGGGAAGACAUGAAAAAGUUUGAUGACAAGAUUCCAACACGUGAUUUUGACAAUUUUCAGUUCGUUAAUUUUACGGAAAUUAUGUCUAAAAACAAAAGCGCAAGUGAAAAUGAAGCAGCUUUUGCUUUGAAUGCUCUCAUGGAGAUCCCAUUCCAAUAUAAAGCAUGCCUUGAAUUCAAAAAGCUAGGACAUGUAACAGGAAGAACAAAGAGAAUAGUUCCAAAACCUCCUCCUCUUCCUUAUUCUAUUAGGCUUGCAUCUCUACCUGUUCAGGUACCAAGCAAUUCACCAGCAUCAACAACUGAUGAGCAAAAUCAAUCUGCCUGCCCUGUUUGUCUGACCAAUGGAAAGGAUUUGGCGUUUGGAUGUGGCCACAUGACUUGCAGAGAUUGUGGCUCAAGGUUAAGCAAUUGUCCUAUAUGUCGAGUGACGAUCACUAGUCGUCUUAGAGUUUACAGUGGGUGAUUGUAAAAAUAUAUCAUGCACCUAAAUUAGUUUUCAUUAGAUUAGAUAUAUAGUUAUAUGUAGGGUUGAUGCUAAUUAAGAGCUUAAAUAUUCGACAUGGAUUUCUUGUAAAUUAAAUUGAUUGCUUGGUAGACGUUGAAAUGUUUCACGAGUGUUCAAAAGUGGAUAUCCAAAUAUGAGUUUGUUUAAGUGGAUAUACUUAUUUGAUUAUGCAACAAUGGAGACUAUUAAGAGCUUA